AUGGCGCCCAAGCUCGACGAGAUCGUCGCCGGCGUCGAGGCCAAGGCGCAGGCCCUCCUCGACGCCGACGAGGACGGCAAAUUGGCGCCGCCGUCGUCCUACGCGGAGGAGACCCUCCUCGCGCUCCUCGACGCCGACGGCGACGGCCGCGUGAGCUGGGACGAGGCCGAGGCCGGCGCGCGCCGCGCGCUCCACCGCGCGGAGGAGUGCGCGACGCGCGCGGUCGACCGGCUCCGGCCCUACAAGGACAGCCUCCUCGCCGGCGCGGGCUUCCUCUCCUGCUUCUACGGGUCGAACUUCAAGUACACGCUCCUCUUCGCCCAGACCUUCGCCGCCACGGGCUGGCCCGCGCUGAAGCCCGCGCUGUCGGAGCUCGGCGCGUCCUACCGCCGGGGCAAGCGCGCGUUCGUCAAGGCCGCGCCCGAGCUCAAGCGCGCCCGCGAGACGCUGGCGGAGAUCCGCAGGGACGCCGCGGGCGUCGCCGCGGGCAACCCCGAGGCGCAGAAGAAGCUGCUGGGCGACGCCGCGGACGCCGCCGCGCUCUUAAAGUCCGGCGAGUCGAUCUUUGCGGCCGUGGACCCCAAGAAGCUCGGCAAGGUGCUCCAGUCGGCCUACGUGGGCAUCUCGUCGUCCUUCGCCGCCGUGCUGAGCGACCACGCGGCGAAACUGGGCGUCGGCGUCGGGCUCGGGACAGCCGUCGCGGACGCGAUCAACGUCGUCGUCGCGCCGAUCAUCUCGAAGCUUUUGCGGACGCUCAAGGCGCGGGCCCUCGCGAACGGCGACGUCCGCGAGGCGUUGGACGACCUGGAGCGGAAGACCGACAUCGACGACGACGCGUUGUUGGCCUGGGUCGAGUCGGCCAUUUCGCUCGCUUCCACCGCCGCGGGCGUCUACGUCGCGCACCGCCUCGACGACGUCAUGUACCUCUACAGCGCCUGCGUCGCCGGCGCGACGCUCUGCGCCGACAAGUGCCUGCUUUUGGCGGGGACAACGCGGGGCCCGCUCGACCGGCUCGUGCGGUCGAAGCAGGUCCGCCAGGUCGCCAUCUGCUCGCUCGCGGCGUCGGGCUUCUGGUACCAGCGCGUCCUCGGCCGCGGCCAGCUCCCCUUCUUCGUCGCGCUCCCCCUCGCGCCCCUGAAGAUCUCCGAGUCGAUCCUCGCCUCCAUGGCCGUCUCCUUCCGCGCGGCGAGCGGCAGGAACUCCUCCGGUUUCACGUCCAUCUUCGCGACCUCGCCGGAGGCCAUGAAGAUGCCGCUGCCGUCGGCGUUCUCCACGGUCUUCGUGCGUAUUGUGAAGUCGCCGUCCUGCUUCCAGACCUACCAAGCAUGA